GUCAGGACUGAUCACGUUUGGCGAAAUUGAGCUCAGUUCAAAGUUCAUUUACGAUUUAACGAUGUGAAUAGAAGUGCUUUUUGUUUUUGUAAAGACAUGUGAGGACAUUUGAGGGGGGUUGUGCUUUCACAUCACUUUACAAACACAGCUGUACAUAAAUAGAUUCAUAAAUGCUUACCGGUGCAACUUAUAACCGAGAGAGGAAGAGGGGAAGCAAGGGGACAGGAGGGGGGUGAGAACAGAGAGUAAAUUAAUGAGGGAAAAAAGGAAGGACGGUUCAUAUGAGGAUCGUGCUGCCAUGUUCAGAUUAAGUCUCUUUCUUCUGCUGCUGCCCUGCUCCUCGUAUUCCACGCUGUUGGGAUGGGUGGAGUCUCCUGGCUAUCCCAUGGGAUAUUUGCCUCACACCAGUUUAAACUGGUCCAGGUGCGCGCCCAAAGGCCAAACCGUCUCCAUCAAGCUGAUCCACCUGGACCUGGAGAACAGCCAAGACUGUGAAAAUGAUGCUGUGAAGAUCUCAUCAAACGGGAACCUGAUUGCUCUUCUGUGUGGGAAAAGAGACUAUGAGGAGCUUCAGGAGUCGGUGAAUCCGCUGCUGUUCUCCUCCGCUGGCGGCUGCCUCACUCUUCUGUUUCACUCCGAUUACUCCAACACCAAGAGACACACUGGCUUCAGAGGGUUUUACACGCUUCAAGACUAUAAUGAGUGUGAGGACGAGCAAAUCAACAAAUGCACUCAGUUUUGCCACAACUUCGUCGGAGGCUACCACUGCUCCUGUCGUCAUGGUUACCACCUGGACGAGGACAAACACACUUGCACGGUGGGCUGCGCUGAGGACCUGUCAGGGCUGAAAAGAGGAGACGUAUCCAGUCCUUCCUGGCCUGGAGCGUAUGCAGAAAACACCAACUGCAAAUACACCCUGUCUGUGGAGGACAACCUCCAGCUGGAGCUGCACUUCUCUGAGGGUUUCGAUGUGGAGCAAAGCCCUGAGGGAGACUGCGUGGAUGAGCUGAGGAUUGAGACCCACUCUGAGACUUUGGGUCCAUUCUGUGGUAACAAACCCCCACCGUCUCCUCUUCUCACUCAUUCGAGCCACAUCCAGAUCCAUUUCACCUCCGACGGGUCUGGAACUAACAAGGGCUUUAAUAUCCACUUCAAGACCAGAGAUAAGGUCUGUCGACCUAUGACCUCAAACUCAAAUAUGGCUCCUUUGAAACAAGAAUAUCACUGGGGAGAAUCAGUGACUGUAACUUGUGAUAUUGGCUAUGUUGCAGAUUCAGCCUCUGACGGUCUAUUGAGACAGUAUGACACAACCUGCCAAAGCAAUGGUUUAUGGGCUCCCAUGUACCCCUGUGAAAUUGUGGAUUGUGGUUGGCCGGAUCUUGGCCGUGACGGCAACAUCCUUCAGCUGGUGAAUCCAUUAGAUCAAAGCACAAAGUAUGGCAGCCAGAUCCAGUUUUACUGCACUUCAAAGUUCUACACACUGGAAGGAAAUGAUACAAGCACUUGUAACGCCGAUGGUGAGUGGACCGGGAUGCCAAAAUGCAAUGAAGUGUGUGGAAUGCCAGAAACGUCAAGCACAGGCAAAAUUUUGGGAGGAAAGGCGGCAAUGAUGGGAGAAAUACCGUGGCAGCUUUUCAUAAAAGCUCCAAGGUUCGGAGGAGCAUCGCUGAUAAACGAUCAGUGGGCCGUCACAGCAGCACACGUUGUGGACGGCGUCCCAAAAGAAUCAGUUAAACUCUACGGUGGACUGAUAGAUGCGACAACUACUAGAGGAACUGAUGUAUCUCCCAUUCCAAUUGAAAAAAUCAUAGUGCAUCCCAGCUACAGAGGGGCCUCAACCCAAACAAAUUAUGAUAAUGAUAUAGCUCUGAUAAAAUUCACGUCCAGAGUGAAGCUUGGCCCAAACCUCCUGCCUGUUUGCUUGCCAGAAGUAAACAGAGGUGUGCUGGAGGGAGAACAAGGCACUGUGUCUGGCUGGGGGGCUGAAUUUCAGGAUAAUAGGUGGAGACGUACAUCAGACGUCUUACAAUACGUUGAUAUUCCUGUCUACCCCGUCUCUACGUGUAGGAUCACACCUCGCCUUUCUAACAAAGCCAUGACUUUUACUAACAACAUGUUCUGCGCUGGAGGAAAAGGGACAGACAGUUGCAAGGGAGACAGUGGCAGCCCUUUUGUUUCACCCAUGUUGUCUUCAGGCGUAGGGCCCCAUUAUCUGAUUGGCAUUGUGUCGUGGGGCUCUCCCUGUGUGGAGGGUGGUGCAACAGGUGACAAGAAGGGUUAUUACACCAAGGUGGAGAAUUAUGUCAACUGGAUUAACGAGAUCAAGAAAAAUGAAGCACAGAUUGAUUCGGUCACUGUUUGCUCUUUUCUGUUUGAAUCGACUUUGGACCAGAGGCUCAGAUCAUCAAAGUCUGACAAACAGAUCGAACUCUUGUUUGUCUCCAGGUUUCUACAUGUGUUGGUGUGUGAGUGUGUCCCACUGCCAGACUCAGGGCAGAUCCAUUCCCCCCAGUGUCCUCAGCUCUAUCCCGUCAACCUGCAGAAGCAGUGGGAGAUCAGUGUGCCGGACGGCUUCCAGAUCAACCUGACCUUCACACAUCUGGACAUCAAAUCCUCAAUUACAGUCCUAUACGAUGAAAAGGUCCUUGGAAAGUUUUGUGGCAAUGAGAACUCUGCUGAUGGACAUCACCCCGGCUACCAGCCCAUUUUGUCUCCAGGCAGCAGACUCACCCUGAUAUUCCAGUCCGAUGACAACAACCCGGACCGAAACCAGAAUGUGGUAUUUUCUGCUCAGUACCAAGCAAUAGACAAAGAUGAAUGCUCAGCACCAGAACCUGAGGAUGGAUCAGGUCCACUCUGCUCUCAGAUCUGCCUCAACACACUUGGGUCAUACCUCUGUGCUUGUCACCAUGGCUACGAGCUGCGCUCAGACCAGCGUACCUGCAUGCUAAUUGAUUGUGGAGAACCUGAGCCUCUGCUGAAUGGAGGAGUAACGUUGCUGUCUGGCUUCCAGUAUCCUGUUGUUCAGUAUCAUUGCAAUGAACCAUUUUAUUCACCAUAUGGUGGCAUUAAUGUUUCUCUCACCUGUGAAGCGGAUAGACGGUGGAGAUCCAACCAUGAUGUUAUUUUAAGACCAGCAUGCCUACCAGUUUGUGGUCGACCAACAAAACAAAAUGAAAAUCACUUUCAGAGGAUUAUUGGAGGAAAUGAUGCUGGAGAGCAUACCAUCCCAUGGCAAGCUCUCAUAAAUGUAGGUGACAGCAGGGGAGGAGGCAUGAUCAUAGCAGAUCGCUGGAUUUUAACUGCAGCUCACGUGGUUACGAUGAAUGGACAAGUACAAACUCCUGAGGCCUUUUCUAUUCAUCUUGGACGUACAGAUGUUCACCAAAUUUUAGAAACUCCUUCCCUGAAUGUAACUGCAGUCCAUGUCCACCCUCAGUACAAUAAUCCAAACGGUUUAAACUAUGACCACGACAUUGCAUUGAUAAAACUUAAAGACCCGGUCACAUUCGAAGCAGCAAUAAUGCCACUGUGUUUGCCAUCAGAGGAUGACAGAUAUGACUCUGGAAUGAUUGGGCUGGUGUCUGGCUUUGGCAUUGCAGACAAGGGCAAUCGGCAGCGUUUUCUAACAAAUAAGCUGAAGUAUGUGCAUAUUCCAGUGGUGGAACAGGAAAGAUGCAGUGAUUCUUUGAAGCUAAUACCUGGAAGCCGGAAACCAAUACUGACAGACAACAUGUUCUGUGCUGGAACUCCUGAAGGCAGGAAGGACUCUUGCCAGGGUGAUGGUGGGAAUGGCUUCACUCUGCAAUCUGAAGAUGGACGAUUCUGGGCUGCUGGGAUUGUCAGCUGGGGGAUUAAAUGUGGACAGAAAGGAUCAUAUGGAUUUUAUACCAAAGUGGCAAACUAUGUAGACUGGAUUAACAAGAUCAUGCGAGAAAAUUGAAAGCAUUAAAGAUUAAACACAGUAACAACUUAAGUUAUGAGGCAAAAACACCAUCACUAAAAACAAAUUAAACAUAAUAACUUGUAAAUACAAAAUUGCUCAAAGCCAGUUAAAAAUGUGCUCUUACUGUAUAAUAAAUCAUAAUUAGAAAGGUAACUUCAGCUACUUAAUUUUCCAGGUGUUUGUAGGUCCAGCUGUACUUUAUUUUGUUCAAAACCUUGUUCAUUCAAUUUGAAUAAAGUGGUUUAAGCGUC